AUGUAUUCAGCACCUGAGAAACGUCUUCUGGAAGACUAUUUCAGACAACAACCGCGACCAUCCGGUGAACGAAUUGCUGCCAUUGCGGACAAGCUCGAUUUGAAGAAAAACGUGGUCCGAGUGUGGUUCUGUAACCAACGACAAAAACAAAAAAGGUCUCAAUUUCGUUGUCGAAACGGGGCGCCCCAGGCGCCACGUCUCAUGCAAUCGGCCACUGGUGGCAAAUGUCCACCACCGUUCAGCGCCCUACCCGGCUACUUCGAUCACAGCCAACACACCGGUCAAACCCUUAGCCAAGAACUUAAAUUUCAAUAA